UCGCUUCAAUUCAAGCUAAACACACACGCAAAAAAGCUCUCUUUGCUUCUUUCUUUGCAUCUCUCCGAGCACUUUUUUCUCAAAGUAGAUGGGUUCUUCACAAUCUACGCUAGUGGAAGAGGAAGACGAAGAAGAGGAAACUGACAAUGAAGAAGAAGAAGAAGAUGGAGAAGACGAUAAUGGCAGAUCAAACACAAGAGAAUUAGACAAUCUCUUAGUUAAAAAAGUUCUCGAACAAGAGCCUGAGAUGUUACCAUGUCACGCUUCAGCUUCACCGCUUUCGCCACAGCUAUCGUCUCUCGGAACUCCACGGCUUGGACCUUCGAUUAAGGUUUGGGAUCCUUACAACGUCCUCUCCCCGCCGCAUCAUCCGCCGCCUAUCUUCUCGCGAAUCGCGUCUGGUGAUGAAGAUCGUGCUGUGACGGAGGUUUAUCUCAUUAGCCAUGGUGAGUGUGAUCUCAAUUUAAGACCUGAUUUGGUUGGUGGGAGGUGUCAUGUAGCUGCGCUUACUGCUAAUGGUAAACGCCAAGCUAGGGCUCUUGCUGUUUUCUUCAAAUCUCAGGGUGUUCGAUUUGGUUCUGUUUACUCUUCGCCUUUGGAUCGAGCUAGAUCCAUGGCUGUUUCGGUUUGUCAGGAAAUGAGUUUUCCGGAGGAGCAUGUACAAUCCUCAGAUGCUAUAAUCGAAAUGAGUCUAGGGGAUUGGGAAGGUUGUAAUCAAUCAGAGAUUUAUAGUCCUGAAACCGUGAGCUUGAUUGAAAGAUGUCAGCCUGAUUUCACGGCCCCAUCUGGAGAAUCACUCAGGCAAGUAGAGUUUCGAAUGGUUCAGUUUCUAAACGGGACAGUCUCAGGAGUUGCAGAGAAGCUCAGGUCAGAUUUUUCUUCCACUACAAAUCUCAAUGAAACCCAUGAGCGUGAUGGUUCUUCUUCACUUCCCUCGACCAACUGGGACUUGCUCCACAAGCAUCGUCCAAGUCUUACAAGGAAGAAAUCUGGUAAAAGCAGACUUCAAGUAAUGACCAAUCACGAACCUGACGAUGAAUCCCCAAGGGAAGAAGUUAAUCACAAUCAUAGUGACCUAAGUGAUUCCUCUUCUCUAAUCUCAAAUUGCAUCGGGGUUUUCACGCAUUCUUUGCCCAUAAAGUGUCUUCUAACCGGAAUCCUCGGUUGCAGUCCGGUAAUGACCCAUAAGAUCUGUGUAGAAGACUCUUCAGUGACAGUGCUACAACAUUCAUGGAGAAAUGGGUGGCAGAUUAAACGAAUGAAUGAUACUGCUCAUCUUAGAUUGUUGUAGCUUUAAAUUAUUUGGGAAAACAAGGAUUCAUAUAUGUAGUAUACACUAUGAAUCUGCAGAAGAUCAAGAACAAACGUUUUUGCAGAUGACAAAAUGCCACGGUCUCUUUGUAAUGUCUUGUUUGUGAAAGAAGCAAAAGAAAAUAUAACAAAUAGGACUCAUUGAUUUUGAUCUUUGUUUGGGUUUUGGUUGAUUCUUUAUAUUUUGGAAGCUUUAUGAAA